AAGGCCACUCCCCCUGCCUCCUAUUGGCUGCCGGGAAUCCCUCGGACUGGAUGUGGCCGCCGCCGAGCCUUUAUUCCAUCCAGGCUCCAUAACUUCUCCAUCUCUUCCUGCACUUGUUGCUGCUGCUCGCGCAUCGAGCCGCGCAGACCGCUUCAGCGCCGCCUUUGGGAUUUCCCGCGGGGAGGGAUGAACUCCAUCGACCCUCAGUCCCAGCACCACCAGCACCACACCUCUCCCACUGUCGUCUCUCUGCCAUCCAAAGGCGCUCAGGAGUCUCCAGACAUGGCCGCAGUCUACUGCGAGAACUUCAGCAGCAUGUACCACCAGCAGAGCCUGCAGGGUGCGCAGAGACCCUCCAGCUACGGCCUCGACGGCUACGCCUCGUCCCCAAACCCGUACCUGUGGCUCAACGGCCCGGGCGUCAACUCCUCCGCCCCCUACCUGCACGGCAACAGCCCGGCGUCGUUCAUCCCGCCCUCCUACGGCUCGCAGCGGCAGUUCAUCACCAACUCACCUGGGUUCGGCGGGCCCGACCUGGGCUGGCUCUCCAUCGCCAGCCAGGAGGAGCUGCUGAAGCUGGUCCGCCCGCCCUACUCCUACUCCGCGCUCAUCGCCAUGGCCAUCCAGAACGCGCACGAGAAGAAACUGACGCUCAGCCAGAUCUACCAGUACGUGGCCGACAACUUCCCCUUUUACAAGAAGAGCAAAGCGGGCUGGCAGAACUCCAUCAGACACAACCUGUCUCUAAACGACUGCUUCAAGAAGGUCCCGAGGGACGAGGAUGACCCAGGAAAAGGAAAUUAUUGGACUCUUGACCCAAACUGUGAAAAGAUGUUUGACAACGGAAAUUUCCGCAGGAAAAGGAAAAGGCGUUCGGACCCCAGCAGUGCCGGCGGCACAGCCGCCGCAAAGAUUGAGGAUAGCCGGGCGGCGGCGGCCACCUCCCUGAAGCCAUCGGACAGUCCUCAGCUCCUGGGGCCCUCCUCUCCAGACAUGGAGGCGAUGACCGAAUCCCACAAAGCCUCGUCUUCAUCGCCGCCUGGGCUGGCUUCUGCAGCACCGUGCUUCAACAGCUUUUACAGCAACAUGUCCUCGCUCGGCUCAGGGGCCCCCAGCAGACAGGGGUCCCUCGGACUGGUCAAUGAACUGUCUAACAGAAACAUAACCGCUCUGAGCCCAUACCAAGCGGGUCACAGCGGUCAGGACACGGGGGCCUCGGAGCACGGCGAGAGCCUGCACUUCAACCGUGGCGUGUACUACAACACGUUUGGCGGCGGGCAGAGCGGACAGUUCAACAGCCACUUCUACAACAGCUUCAGCGUCAACAGCCUGAUUUAUCCCCGGGACGGGACCGAGCUAUAG